AUGGCCCUAAAAGUGCAGAGGCAGAGGCAGGGGGUUCUGGGAAGAGUUUUCUGCCAGCAUCCCAUGUCAUUACCACUGGGUAAUUCUGAAUGUCCUUGCGCCAUCCGGUCUGCGUAUCUUCACGUCUUCCGCGAGUGUAGCAUCAGCAGCAUCCCCCCUUCCCCCUGUGCAGAGCAGAAGGAGGGGGCUCUCACCGCUCUCACACGCGCACUUCAGCGACGCGCCACCUACCGGGCAACCUUGUAA